AUGGUCAUCAACGUAUCGUUUACAAAUAUUGUUGGUAAAACAAUAUUAACACAAUUGGAAGACAAUUUUACUUAUCAUGAUUUUAAGGCACUUGUUUCGGAAAAAAUUGAUUCGGCUGCUGUCGAACACUAUCGAUUUAUUGUCAAUAAUAAAGAUUUAUGUUUGGAUAAUGAAAACGAGUUUGUAAAACGUCGACCGUUAAUUAAAAAUGGUGUUACUAUUUUUCUUUUGCGUCGAAUGCUUGGGGGUGGCUAUGUUGAAGCGGCUAUUCUCAUCGAUAUUAUUCUUGCCGAAUUACCCAAUGAAAUACCCAAACUUAGAAUGAAUGAUGAUGAAUGUACUACAGAUGGUCAAGAGAAGAGACGAAACGAACGCUAUACCUGUCGGAUUAAUUGUGACUAUGAAAUUAAAUUAAAUUAUGAUUUAAUUCCUUAUGUUGACAAUCGUAACAUUUUAAUACCGAACAGUCGAGUAUGUCCAAAAUGUUUCAAUGUCGGUGGAUAUGAUGGCAAAUGUAAAUAUCAUCAAUGUGCUAUAUGCAAGUAUAAUUUCUGUCUCUUAUGCCUCGCUCCCAAAGAACGAUGUAACACUGGAUCAGAUAGUCUCAAACGUGCAUGUGCUACAGUUAAACGACAAGAUUUCACCAUGUUCCCCCGUAUUGUUGGCUCUUGA